AUGGAAGAUGCAAAGUCGAUUGACACUCCAAUGCCUACAAAUGGAAAAUUGGAAAGGAAUGAAAAUGGUAAGGAUGUUGACAUGAAGAAGUAUAGAGGUAUGAUUAGUUCUCUUCUAUAUCUCACUACAUCUAGGCCGAAUAUUAUUUUUAGCGUGUGUAUGUGCGCUCGUUAUCAAUCGGCUUCUAAGGAAUCUCAUUUAAAAGCCGUAAAACACAUUCUUAGAUAUAUUCAUGAUACUUCUAAGUAUGAGCUUUGGUAUUCUAAGGGAAGCGAUUGUAAUUUGGUUGGUUAUACCGAUUCCGAUUUUGCCGGUUGCAAAUCGGAUAGGAAGAGUACUACUAGAACUUUCCACAUGUUUUCAAAUUCCUUAGUAAGUUGGCAUAGUAAGAAAAAGGUUUUCGUUGCUUUGUCAGCUUCCGAGGCGGAAUACGUAGCGAGUGAUAGUUAUUAUACUCAAAUUUUGUGGCUUAAACAACAACUACUUGAUUUUGAUAUUAAACUACAAUGUAUUCCUAUUAUGUGCGACAACACUAGUACUAUUAAUCUAACCAAAAAAUUGGUGCUACACUCUCUCAUUAAGAAUAUUGAGAUCCGUCACCCCUUCCUACAUGACCAUGUUGAGAAAUGA